UUUUCACUCUUCAACAACUCCAUCUUUAUCCCCACAAAACUCCCAUCCACCAUGUUGAGAGUCACAGUUAAACGAGGCUAUUCAGCCAUUAGUCCACUUACACGUUCAGGUGCACGUAAAGUGACAUUUCCAAAGGCCGUACCUUUAGUGAAAUGUAAAACUCCAAUCAGAUACUACUCAUCAAACCCCGAACCAUCUACAUCUUCAACUUCAACUUCAGAUAAUAGUCCUUUCUUCCAGUACACUUGGGGUUCAUGGUUGAAAAAUGACCAGGGAGAAAAGUCUCGUCGUGUGACCAAAUUCUCUGUGGAUGGAAUCAGUAAACUUAUUCAAGAUAUCAAUGUCAUAAGAUCUGCUACCAGUAGUACGAGUAGUGCCAGUACUAUUGAAAGACCUAAACAAUUAAAUGAUGGAUCAUAUGUAUUGAGUCAUAACUUAACUGAAGCAUUAGUAGGACCUCAAGGGAAAAAAAGUGCCCCUACCAUUAAGACUAUAGCCAGUAUCCAUGAGGGGAAACAUCACCGAGUGUAUAAAGUAACUUUAGCUAAUGACAAAGAAUUAGUAUUGAGAAUUCCUUACAAGUUAGAGUCAGACCAUGCGGUAACUCAGAAAAUCAAAAGUGAAGUAGCCACCCUUGAUUUCCUUGAUUUGAAAUUAGGCUUGAAUGUGCCUAAAGUUGUAGCUUAUGGAGACUCUAAGCUUAAUAGUUUAGGAGCUCCAUAUAUCCUUAUGGAGUAUAUUCCAGGAGACUUAUUGAUGAAGCAAUGGGACCCUUUGGCGGCUGACUCAGAUGAGACCGAUUCUAACUUAAAGUCGGUUAUUAAUACAGUAGCUGAUUUCCAAAACAAGGUGUUAUCUGUGACAUUCAAUAAGUUCGGAUCAUUAUACUUCAAGAAAGAUGUAGAUGCCUUACAAGCCAAUGAUGUUCCAUAUGAUGGAGAAACUGACCCUGCCUUAAAGGACAGAUGGAGAAUAGGACCUAGUGUAGAACAGCUGUUUGCUAAACAUAAGGAGUUAUUAUUGGUUAAACAAAUCAAUGACCUUAAUGGUCCCUGGGAUGCAAACAAGCCAAGUGAACUUAUAAAGGCUAUUGCUUCUGUAGAAUUAGAGAACUUAAGAACUAGAUUAGCAUUAGCCGAUGCUGACUCGGCAAAUACUAUUGAAGAUGUGUCAUUACUUAACAAACAAAUUCAAACGUUUGAACAUCUCCAAACCAUCAGUCCUUAUUUACUCAACGACAAAUCUAAGUCCAUUAUGAAUGUAGAGGAACUUUUCAAGCCUCGUCUUUUCAUGCCCGAUUUGGAUCCAUUAAAUGUUAUAAACAAUGAAGGCAAAUACUACUUUAUUGAUUUUGAAUAUUCAUCUAUUAAACCAUUCAUCUUCAGUAGUUAUCCUAACUUUGUAACAUAUAAUGGUGCUAAAGUAUAUGAUUUAGAACAAGAUAUUGUUGGUUAUAAGGAAAUGGAUGAAGUAGAACAACAACAAUAUCAAUUCAUGUAUUACAAGACUCGUAAUGAAAGACUUUGGGAAUUACAAUUGAACUCUAACAGACAUGAUUUAAUUGCAAUUGCUUCUCCUCAUAUUAAAGCACUUAAAGGUCCAUAUAUUCAAGCUCUUGAAUUGAAAAAUGAGAAGGAUUACUUAUACGUAGAGGGAAGUAUUAUCCAAUUACAAUCUAUGUGGGAAGCAUAUGUUGCUAAUGAACUUUGUAAUUCCACAGAUACUCAAUUCCCAAUUAGUUACACUGCUGAAUACUUGGACCAACAUCAAGCAGACUUAGAACAGUAUCAAAUGGAAGUAGUAUCUAGUCCAUUUGCAGCUACUGGAGGUUGGAUUCCACAAGAUAUGUUUACUGAACUUAAGAACAAUGGUAUUAUAGUGGAAGAUGAAGCUGGUAACUAUACCAUUGAAACUGAGAAAGUAUUAGACUGAUUGAAUACAUACAUAUACAUACAUUACAUACAUUACAUAUAUAUAUAUACAUUACAUACAUUACAUAUG